GAAGAUUUGGGAAGAUAAUGAAGAUAUCUUUUUCAGAAUUAGUCAGUUUUGGGCGACAGUAACCCGGAAAGGGAAAUGUCCUUUCCAAACCGGAUAUCCGUCUACAACUGAGUUCACAGGUCCUCUCUCGCAGCCAUCUUGGAUAUAGCAUACUGAGUUGCAAUCAUGCCAGGCGAAGCAACAGAAACAGUCCCAGUGACGGAGCAGGAGAUGCAGCAGCCACAAGUGGAGACUGCACCAACUCCUGCCCCAGCUUCUGCCCAGCAACCUCAGACAGCUUCUGGCCCGGUUAAGCCCAAAGGCAAAGAUGCUAAAAGUGCUCAGGGUCCUUCUGCCCCAAAGGCCGUUCCUGGCAGAAGGAAACGCUCCUCUAUGUCUGCCUCAUCCUCGUCUCCUACCUCACCAAAAUCCACUCCUUCCUCAACCCCCUUGUCACCGGUUCCAUCCCCUUUAGCUUCCUCACCAUCAGCUAAUCACGGUACUCGUUUUGCUCCAAAAGUUGUGAAGGUUGGCAAACAAGAAAAAGCCAAGAAAGUAGAGGCCUUUAUGCCUCAACCUCUCACCCAAGAUGUCAAGGUCAUCGAACAAAGUAAAAAAUCAGUUGAUACCAAACAAAUUGUUGAUGUGAAACCUGCCCCAACUGAGCCAAAACAAAAAUCUGCAUCUGUUGCAAAACCUGUUGGAACCCCAGCAGCUAAAGUUCUCCCAACCUCUGCUGUGGCAGUGUCAGAUUUUCUUGCUGCUAGCCCUUCCAAAUCUUCUCAAGUAACUUUGUUGACAUCUGCUUCUGUUCCUGCUGAUGAUGAUCUCCCACCACUCAUCCCACCUACAAAGCCAAGCAAAAUGUUAAAUCAAAGUAGUCCUACUGGCCCUUUUGAUGCAUCUAAAAUUGAAUUGAAGUCUCAGCAUCUAUCUCUGGAAGAAAUCCAGACUGAUUUAGAGCCAAAGACGUUGCCUGCUGAAAAAACUGUUCAAGUUAAAAAAUCUAAAGCUUCAAUUGUCACUGGUGAGACCACAACACCAUUUCAAGACAAGGCCAACCCCAACAAUUUAGAGACAAAGCCACCCACCCAGGGCAAACCUGCUCCCGUGGAGGUAGCAAAAACAGCUGUUCAGGCUGCUACGUCAUCCCAUCACAUCAUAUCUGCUCCUGUGCAGCCUGUUCCUGUCGAUGCUGCCAAGACAGUUCCACAAGACAAGGAUGUCAAACCUGCUAUGAUUGUGGCUGACAAGCCACCCUUGCAAGAACAGCUUGUUCCUGAGUCAGUUAUCAAGCCAACCACACAGGAUAUGCCUAAACCCAUGCAGGCUGCCAAGUCAGCCCCACAAGCCAAGGCUGCCAAGCCUGCUCCCGUUGAGCCCACCAAGCAAGUCUCAUCACAGGCUGCCAAGCCUGCCACGACGGAAAGGUCCACGCCCAAGUCCACUACUGUCCAGGCUGCCAAGCCAGCCUCACAAGACAAGGCUGCCAAACCGUCUCCCAUAGAGCCCACCAAGCCAGCCUUGCAGGACAAGCAUGUUCCUGUGCAGGCUGCAAAGCCAGCCCCACAUGACAAGACUUCAAAGCCUGCUAGCGUAGAGCCCAACAAGCCAGUCUCGCAGGAUAAACAUGCCCCCAUGGAGGCUGCCAUAUCUGCCACCCAUGACAAGUCCACUCAUGUACAGGCUGCCAAGCCUUCUCCCGUAGAGCCCACCAAGCCAGUCUUGCAGGAUAAACAUGUCCUUGUAGAGGCUGCCAAGCCUUCCACCCCGGAUAAGUGCACUACCAAGUCCACUCCUGUGCAGGCUGCCAAGCCAGACCCACAAGUCAAGGCUGCCAAGCCUGCUCCUGCAGAGCCCACAAAGCCAAUCUUACAGGGUAAACCUGCUUCCGUAGAGCCCACCAAGUCAUCAUUGCAGGAUAAACAUGCCCCUGCGGUGGCUGCGAAGCCUGCCACUCAGGACAAGUCCAAUACCAAGUCCGCUCCUGUACAGGCUGCCAAGCCAGACCCACAAGUCAAGGCUGCCAAGCCUGCUCCUGCAGAGCCAACCAAGCCAGUCUUGCAGGAUAAACAUGUCCUAAUAGAGGCUACCAAGCCUGCCACCCAGGACAAGUCCAGUACCAAGUCCACUCCUGUGCAGGCUGCCAAGCCAGACCCACAAGUCAAGGAUGCGAAGCCUGCUCCUGCAGAGCCCACUAAGCCAGUCUUGCAGGAUAAACCUGCUUCCGUAGCGCCCACCAAGUCAUCAUUGCAGGAUAAACAUGCCCCUGCGGUGGCUGCGAGGCCUGCCACUCAGGACAAGUCCAAUACCAACUCCCCUCCUGUACAGACUGCCAAGCCAGACCCAAAAGUCAAUGCUGCCAAGCCUGCUCCUGCAGAGCCCACCAGGCCAGUCUUGCAGGAUAAACAUGUCCUAAUAGAGGCUACCAAGCCUGUCACUCAGGACAAGUCCAGUACCAAGUCUCCUCCUGUACAGACUGCCAAGCCAGACCCACAAGUCAAUGCUGCCAAGCCUGCUCCUGCAGAGCCCACCAGGCCAGUCUUGCAGGAUAAACAUGUCCUAAUAGAGGCUACCAAGCCUGUCACUCAGGACAAGUCCAGUACCAAGUCUCCUCCUGUACAGACUGCCAAGCCAGACCCACAAGUCAAGGCUGCGAAGUCUACUUCCGUAGAGCCCCCCAAGCCAGUCUUGCAGAAUAAUCAUGUCUUAGUAGAGGCUGCCAAGCCUGCCACUCAGAACAAAUCCAAUACCAAGUCCACUCCUGUGCAGGCUGCCAAGCCAGACCCACAAGUCAAGGCUGAGACGCCUGCUCCUGUGGAGCCCACUAAGCCAGUCCUGCAGGAUAAACCUGCCCCUUCAGGGGCUGCUAAGCCUGCUUCCGUAGAGCCCACCAAGCCAGCAUUGCAGGGUGAAAACGUCCUUGUCGAGGCUGCUAAGCCAGCGGCACAAGUCAAGGCUGCAAAGCCUGCUCCUGUAGAGCCCACUAAGCCAGUCUUGCAGGAUAAAUGUGCCCCUGCAGGAGCUGCCAAUGCUGCUUCCGUAGAGUCCGCCAAGCCAGCCUUGCAGGAUAAACAUGCCCCUGCGGUGGCUGCGAGGCCUGCCACUCAGGACAAGUCCAAUACCAAGUCCGCUCCUGUACAGACUGCCGAGCCAGACCCACAAGUCAAGGCUGCCAAGCCUGCUCCUGCAGAGCCCACCAGGCCAGUCUUGCAGGAUAAACAUGUCCUAAUAGAGGCUACCAAGCCUGUCACUCAGGACAAGUCCAGUACCAAGUCCCCUCCUGUACAGACUGCCAAGCCAGACCCACAAGUCAAGGCUGCGAAGUCUGCUUCCGUAGAGCCCCCCAAGCCAGUCUUGCAGAAUAAACAUGUCUUAGUAGAGGCUGCCAAGCCUGACACUCAGAACAAGUCCAAUACCAAGUCCACUCCUGUGCAGGCUGCCAAGCCAGACCCACAAGUCAAGGCUGCAAAGCCUGCUCCUGUAGAGCCCACUAAGCCAGUCUUGCAGGAUAAAUGUGCCCCUGCAGGAGCUGCCAAUGCUGCUUCCGUAGAGUCCGCCAAGCCAGCCUUGCAGGAUAAACAUGCCCCUGCGGUGGCUGCGAGGCCUGCCACUCGGGACAAGUCCAAUACCAAGUCCGCUCCUGUACAGACUGCCGAGCCAGACCCACAAGUCAAGGCUGCCAAGCCUGCUCCUGCAGAGCCCACCAGGCCAGUCUUGCAGGAUAAACAUGUCCUAAUAGAGGCUACCAAGCCUGUCACUCAGGACAAGUCCAGUACCAAGUCCCCUCCUGUACAGACUGCCAAGCCAGACCCACAAGUCAAGGCUGCGACGCCUGCUUCUGUAGAGCCCAUUAAGCCUGUCCUGCAGGAUAAACCUGUCCCUUCAGGGGCUGCUAAGCCUACUUCCGUAGAGCCCACCAAGCCAGCAUUGCAGGGUGAACACGUCCUUGUGGAGGCUGCGAAGCCAGCGGCACAAGUCAAGGCUGCAAAGCCUGCUCCUGUAGAGCCCACUAAGCCAGUCUUGCAGGAUAAAUGUGCCCCUACAAGAGCUGCCAAUGCUGCUUCUGUAGAGUCCGCCAAGCCAUCCUUGCAGGAUAAAAAUGCACCUGUGGAGGCUGCCAAGCCUGCCACUCAGGACAAGUCCACUUCUGUGCAGGCUGCCAAGCAAGCCCCACGAGACAAGGCAACCAAGCCUGCUCCUGUAGAGCCCACCAAGACAGCAUUGCAGGAUAAACAUGUACCUGUGGAGACUGCCAAGCCUGCCACACAGGACAAAUCUACUCCUGUGAAGGCUGCCCAUCGUGAGAAGGCUGCUCAACCUUUUCCUGUAGAGACCACUAAGCCAGCCUUGCAGAAAAAACAUGUCCGUGGGGAGGCUGGAACUCUAGUCCCUCAGGACAAAUCUACCAUGAAUGCUGCAAAGCCAAACUUGCAGGACAAACCUGCUGUGGUAGAGCCAGAGAAACUUGCUCAGAAGGCUGAACUCAAGUCUGUGGCGGAAACAAAACCAGUUCGUGAGACAAAAGUGGUUGCUGAUUCUCCAGUCAUCGACCCAACUUCCUGCAAACCGACAUUGGACGAAGCCCUUACAAAGCCUGCCCCUGUCCAAUCUGAGGUUGAGUUAUUAAAUUCUUUGGCAUCGCUGAAAACUGCCCCCACAUCUGAUAAAACCCCAGCCCAGGUCGAUACUGUGAUCAAGAACGAUGCGGGUUCUGGCACAGAAUCGGAGAGUGACGACUCAGUCCCUGAGCUGGAGGAACAGGACUCUGCGCAGACACAAACUCAACAAGCACAGGUUGCAGCUGCUGCUGAACUCGAUGAGGAACCCGUCAGUAAAGCCAAACAAAGCCGCAGUGAAAAGAAGGCGCGAAAGGCAAUGUCAAAACUCGGUCUCAGGCAGGUAACAGGUGUCACCAGAGUCACAAUUCGCAAAUCCAAGAACAUCUUGUUUGUCAUAACGAAGCCUGAUGUCUACAAGAGCCCCGCAUCAGACACAUACAUUGUUUUCGGGGAAGCUAAGAUUGAAGAUCUCUCUCAGCAAGCCCAACUGGCUGCUGCAGAAAAAUUCAAGGUGCAGGGAGAAGCUGUAUCGAACAUCCAGGAAAAUACACAGACGCCAACAGUACAGGAGGAGAGCGAAGAGGAAGAGGUUGAUGAAACUGGAGUUGAGGUCAAGGACAUUGAACUCGUCAUGUCACAAGCGAACGUAUCGCGGGCCAAAGCUGUACGUGCCCUCAAAAACAACAACAACGACAUUGUCAAUGCUAUUAUGGAGUUGACAAUGUAAAGCGGACCCUGGCAAGAAGCGUUUGAAGAAAGGUUGCUGAUUCGAUAUUGGCUCAUUUGUAGAAUUUAUACACAAGAUGGAAAUUAAAGUGUGACUUAACAAUAAAAA